AUGUCCAAGAGCCUGGCAGAUUGUGAUACAGAAAGUGAAUGUGAUUUUUAUUCUGACUGUUGGGAAGGAAGUGUUAUACAUAACAAAGAUUUGACUGACUCCAGCACUGAAAGUUAUUUCUGUUUUGAUUCAUGCAGCUUGUUUGAAAAAGAAAAAGGGGAAAACAAAUUGGAUGGCAUAGUGCUUAUUUUGGAAAAUAGCCAAGCGAGCAGUACAAGUUUUUGCAAGGACCACCCUUCUCUGCAAGGAGAAAAAGUAGAGUGUACUAGUAAAUUGCAGGAGGAAUUAUCACUGGAAUCUAUAUUGUAUCUAAAGUGUAAGGAUUCUAAUACAGAUGCCCAUUCACUGAAAUCUUUUUCAACCAAAAUAGUUCCAUUCAUAUACAGCAGCUCUUAUGGAGACCAUUUGUGUUUAAAUAAAGCAAUCCCUCAGUUGCUCAUUACUGAAAAUUCAACUGAAGGACAAAUCAUUUAUACAGUGAAAGAAGCUUAUGCUUUUGAUAAAUUCCAUCAGAGGCAGUCCUCAGAUGGUAACUCUCUAGCUUCAAAGCAAAAUAAAGCUGUGCAGGUUUCUUCUACAGAAAUAAAACCCGAGGACAAUAUUUGCUAUGAAUGUUUCAAACAGUCACCAGUAUCUACUGAGGUAAAUAAAGAACUGAAGAAACCGGCAAACGUUCAGAGUUUUGAAAGUCAUUUUGUAAGCAGCCACUCAGAUUACUCCUCAGAAUAUUCUUACCAAAUUGAAAAUCCCCAGACUGCUGAGCAAAUCUCACAUUCCAGUUCAGAAGAGCCUACUAUUUCUUUGACGUUGAAAGCAGCUUACGUAUAUCCAGCCGGUUCAUUAGCAAGUGACACUGAUCCUUCAGACGUGACGAUAGAUGAAGAUUCCCAGAGGCAUGCUUUAGCUUUCCAAUUUAAAGAUUCUGAACAUAACCAACCAUUUAAGAAGUUGCAUCUUACUGUUGUUCCACAAAAACAAACCACAAAAUUUAAAAAGCAGGUAGGACUUUCUGAAAUUCUAAUCGAUGAAGCCAGUUAUCAUCUAGGAACUCACUCAGAAUCAUCAGAAACCAGUACUUCCAAAGUAUAUUCUGAUCAAGCAUUAUCUACAUCAAAUCUUUGGUCCUCAUAUUGGCCUUUCCCACCCUCUAAAUAUACACAUGCAAAUCAGUUGCCUCAGUUUUAUGUUAGGUCAUUGUCCCCAAAUCCAGUUAAACCUGCUUUUCAAAAAAGAAAACCAAAAAUUUCCAAAUCUGUAAAAUCUGUUGUGUUUGCCAAACACAAAACAUUGCAAAGAGACCAAAAAUGUAAAAGUAAGCCAUCUAUCUUCUCCAAAUUUCAUUCACCCAAAAGACUGGACGUUGAGCCUACAGACAGAAAUAAAAGAGAAGAAGCAAGAAUAAAUGAGCAAUAUGUGCCUGUAAAUCAAACAUCUAAAUGCCAUUGCAGCCCAUUGCUUGACUUAACGGUUGAUCUGCAUUCUGAAGAUAGAAAUUCUGAGAAGUUCCUAACUCUUCACAGAAGCUCCCACAAACGAACUCGAGCUGGCAAAGUCAUUCAUAAAUUUUCCUCCCAUUAUUUGCUAAAUCCUAAAAAUAGUUUUGAAAGGCUUCGUUAUAUUUCUCCAAUUAGAAAAAAAAAUAAUUUGAAGAUGCAAAACAUACUGAAUUAUUUUUUAGGCUGGACUGGCAGGCAGAACAGAGAUGAAAAAUAUAGAGAGGAUAUUUCUCCCACUUCAAAGUUAAGAGCAAAUGAGACUUUCAUUUCACAUAUGCCAGCUGACAAAAGGAGUUCAACUGUUCCACUUCAUCCACAUUCAAAGAAUUAUUCUGUUCCAUUUCCUACCACGUUGCCUUUUGCAGGUGAGAAGCAUUCACCAGUUCCCUCUUUGCAAACUGGAAGGAGGAAAGCAUUGUAUAUUUUUCCAAAUGAAUGUAAGCAUUCAUCUGGUCCCUGUGUGGAAAUGGAGAGGGAUCCUUGGAAUCAUGUGGAAUCUUAUGCUCAUGGUAAACAUAGCACCUCUCAUUCUCCUUGUUGUGCAAAUACUAAAGUGGAACAGCUACCAAAGAAAUUAAAUAUGUUUAAUACAGGUGUGGACAAACUGAAUUUUGGAGCUGGUCAGAUAGCAGGUGGAGGUUUGGCCCUGAAGAAAUUCUCAGUCUGCCCCUGUGGAUCUAUGUCACAAAGUGGUUUGUUUCCUAACACAGAUAUUUCAGAAUCAGGUAGGAGGAAAACUAGAGCAAGCCCAGAUAGUAACUGGAGAGCCAGUAAGACUGACUCAAACCGAUGGAAUUCACUUGCAGGAACCCUCAGCACAGAGGAAGUGUGCUGUAGUUGUCAUCAUGUCUCCCCAACUUGUUCUUUGCACAAUUCAUGUAAACACGAAGCUCCAAGAAACCAGGUUAUUAAAGUGGCAUCUUUAUUUGAAAAUGGAUUUCCCAUGAGGAAUUUGAAGGAGAAUGUAGAAAAAAGCAAAACAGUGGAAACAGGUGAAAGAAAAGUCAAAUUUCAUUUAGGAUCAAAUGCUUUACAAGAGACUGACCCUUUAACCACACACAUUUCAUCACCAACUAAUGAAUAUAAUCAAAUACCAAAACAUUUUGUUUAUCAACCUGAAUGCUCAUGCUGUCAGACUGCUGUUAAAGAACAUCUCAGCACGUCAAAAGAAGUGUCUAAUUGCUUUGGUUCAGAAAACUACAUGCCAAAGAACUACCUCAACAGAGAGAGUAUUUUUCUAGUGGAUUCUAAUCGGAGAAUUAGAAGUCAGUGUAAAUGCUCCCAUGAAAUCUCUCUCUUCAACCCUGAGCAAAGUGAGGCAUAUAAAGGAAAUAGAUCUAAAGUUUUGAAGAGGAAGGAUCCCAAACUUAUUCAGGUUUGUAUUUUGUCAAGUGAACACCAAUAUAUAUGA